AAUGAAAUGAAGUGGUCAUUUCCUUCAUACAUACAUGUAGAUCUACAUUGGCAUUGUGCAGAUUGCAGACCACAAGUCGUCAUUUAGAAGUGGAUUUGAUUUGAAUGAGGAUCAUAAUUUGGAAAUGGAAUGCAAGCUGUUGAGCAAUGCUGAGGCCAGAAGAUAGAAACUAACCAUGGAUAGACGACGUUUAGAUCAAUUAUUUUUCAUCUACGAUCACUCUGUCGUACAGAGAGAAGCAGACGACCCAAAGGAUGCUAUAGCAUACUUCUAUCCUCAAAAUUUUCCAAUCGACACCCAAUGUUUGCUAUGCGGACAGCUGAUGGGAAUGGUCAACUUCAUGAAGAUCUUAUGUUCGUCUGAGCCUAGGAUCUACAAACUCAGAAAGAUGAAACUGGCGACGUUGCAUGAGGGUAAUUUCACUCUGGCCUUGGCACAUGACCCUAAAGUAUCAGAUACGGUUGCCAUAGGGAUGAUGAGAAAUCUUUAUGAUGUCUUCUGCAUGUAUCAUGGCUCUUUUACAAGACUUUUGAAGCAUUGCCGUGGCAACAGAGAAACAUUCUCUUCCCAGAUGUCAUCCAUAUGGAAUUGUUACUUGCCAUUCAUCCGUCACUAUGGCAACAGCAUGAAGACAAUCUUCCAUGCAGUGCCCACCAUAGAGCUACCAAAGAAGUGCGGCCAGAUCUUUCUCAAGUGUUCCCAUCUUUUGCAGUGGUUGAAACAGAAGCCAUGGUUACUAGCUGGUUGUCUUCUCUACAAAAAUAAGGUGCUGUGUUCACAGUUGACCUCUGACCUCAUGAGAAGGUUGCUUCUUGUCAAGGCUUCACAAAACCCUUUUCCAGGUGAAAAGAUCACAACAGAUUUCGACUUGCCUUUCGGUGUGCGAAUCUUAUCCAUCUACCUUCAUGAGGAAGAGUACAAACUGUUUGCUAAACAGGACAGUGCAAUUAACGUGGAGUCUGGAGAAGGCGAUGCUAUGUCAGAGGAAGCUUCGGCAAUGGUUGAAACGAGUCAAAGAAGAGAAGGGUCAACGUCAAGAGAAGGGCAUCCGCAGCAAGCAACACCACCACCACAUCUACCACAACUCAAGGAAGAUGGGAGUAAUAUGUGCAAUAUAGAGUCUUCUGAGAGUGAUGCUGGUCAGAGAACGAGUAGUUCUCCAGAAAGCAGUGAUGACAUAGGCCAAUUUACUGAGACCAGCGAUGCAGGUAUGGACUCUGAACGACAUCACGCUCACCAUGGUAAUGAGGGCGAUAAGAGUAAAGCUGUAGGAUCCUCAACAGAAGGGGAGAGUAGAACCAAGAGUCCAUUAAUUGCCUCAAGAUGCAGGGGGAACGGUGAUGUAAAGGAGAAUGGAAGGCAAGAACAUUUAUGCGGAGAUGCUAAGGUCACAGAUGUUACGCACGUAGAAGCCAAGGGGACAAUAGGUAUCAACGAAUAUGGAGAAGGUAGGGAAAACAAAGAGAAUAUAGAUAGGCAUAACAAAGUAAAUCAUGAACAUAGUAAACAAGGAGCCACCAGUAUUGCCUUUUACACCAAAGACAACAAGGUUAAUGGUAUUAUUAAUCAUCACGAAGACAUUAUUUGUAGAGAACAUCAUGUUAAGAACUUCAGUUCCCGCAACGGUGGUUCAUCUUCUAGUGUAAGUAAGGAUGUGGGGACAGAGAGUAUUGAUGGCUCUGGUAUCGGAACCAUUGCACCGUCACUCAACAUCGCUAGUUACAAUGAUCAAAGCUGCUCGAAGACUGCAGAGAAAGACCAUUCUGGUGCAGCAGGAACCUUUAGUAAUGCUGUCAUUUCAACAGCAGUAUCUGAACUGAGUGCAGGUGGUAUUGAUGGAGUUCUUCUGCCAAAGGUGGAAGUGAAUUAUGAUGGGGGAAAUCUUGAAGAUGAACCCUUUGAGAUCCAUAUCAACCCCCUGGACAGUGAGUCAUCUCCAGAACAUUCUGACUCUUCAGGCAAUGCAGUAAUGUCAAGACAGAGAUUAGAGCCAUUGGCAGAUGACAAUGGCAACAUUCUGCUCCAGGAUGAUACCGAGCGUUUAGAUCAGGUGGACGUUGGUGCGGAUGAAUCUAGACAGGCAGCUGGACUUGAGAAUGGUGCUGAUGGUAGGACGUUUAGGAACGUCCAGGAAUCUGUUACUCUUAGCCAAAACAACAGCCAUAGUAGGGAUUCUUUGAGUCAGGAGCCGACACCGGUAAUGCAGCAGUUGUCACGAAGAGCCAGUGGUGAACAACAGCCAUCCUUCAGACAUUCCUACACCGUUCAACAACAGGGAACUGAACCCAACCCUGCCAAACAUGAAGGAAACAUGGACUAUUCUUCAGUCCCAGAAUACAGUACUCCCAACGCUUCAAGGAAUCCAAGCAGAUCACAGCCCAGUGAUGCAUCUGCAGCUGCAUCGAGACAACAUGAUUGGACACAUCAUGGUACAGACUCAGCACUGCACACUGACAACUCUGAUCACACCAAGCAAUCCAACUCCCACGCUGCUCAAUCCACUAAUGACCAAGGACCAGGGUAUAGGAAUUCUCCGGUCCUAGACCAAGACAGUCAUGACCUCCAUAGAGAUACUGCAGCUUCUGACCAGCCUGAGGAUAGUCAGCAGUCCCCUACAGGAAUCCUUGUCAGAGCAGAUGGCACCAGGAGGAGGGGGUGGACUCGUUCAAGGUCAAGUCUGAGCGUCACUUCACCCACUCCAGGAAAGAAAGGAGUCUCUCAAGGAGGUUCAGAGGAAGAAACAACCAAGGUUGAGGGAAUGGUGAAUGUCUCCCUCUAUGUCCAAGCACAUUCCGACGUGAUGCUGAUCUUCUUGGGAGAGAAAGAUUGGAUCCAAGAUAAGAGUAGACUCCGCAGCAUGUGGCAGUCAUUUGUCAUCAAACUGGCAGAUCUGGAACUUGAACUUCAGCAAGUCCUGGGCGAUAAGGCGACAAAUCAGGAACAAGAUCAGCUUUACAACUUUCUCCAGUUCAGUCCUUAUGAGAAGUCAGUGAAAACUAAUACAACCAGUGUCAUGACAACGCAGAAUAGAGAGUUUGUGAAUGUUGUGGAUGCCAUGCAUGAAACGUUCCUCUCCAAAGAGCAUGUCAGCCAUCUUGUGAUGAGAGGUCAGCACAGCACAGUGAUAGGGAGUCAAAAUGACGCCUACCAGACUUACUUUCAGCCACUGAAGGCGCAAUCAAACACUACCACAUCGACAUCGUCAUUGCUGUCAUCAUCAUCAUCAUCAUCGCCUUCAUCUGCGUCGUCAUCUCCCGUAAUGCAGGCAGCAACUGCCAUGGCAACAAGACAGGGGAAGCUAGAGGUCCAAGCAGAGAAGAUGCUUUUAAAAGAUCAUGGCAUCAGGUUUAUUUAGCAUCUCGUCAUCAUUACCACCACCAUCAUCAUCAUCAUCAUCAACAUCAUCAUCAUCAUCGUCAUCAUCAUCAUCUUCCUACCCUGGAAUGCAUGCAAUGCCUGCCAUAGCAAUUGUUACAGAUUUUAUAUAACAAUUACUUUGUGGUAUUUGUGAUGUAAAUGAAUCAAAUUCAUGUAUUUUAUUGUAUGGGAAAUCUGAAUAAAUGCAGCUCGAUUUUAGUCAUAUGCAAUAGUGGUGUAUUGUUAAUUUAUUGGUAGAUAUUCAAGAGGAAUUGUAUGUAAUGAAGUUUGAUAUGAAUAAUUAUAUUGAAUUGUGUUUUUGAUAGACACAUGGCAGCAAUGCAAGAAAGACAGAUUUCAUGGAACCUUUUGAUGUUUAAGCACACAAAUAAUAUAUUCUCUAGUGCACUUGUGCCAAUGUAUUAUCUUGAACAUAUUCAAUACUUACAGCAUAGCUGUCUAUGUCUUGUUUCGUAUGCAAGUAUUGUGGAUAAGUAUGUGAAUGUAUCGUACUGAAUUCUAAAAAAAUAUGAAUGGAUCGUUUUGCAAUAUCCUCUCUUACCGAUUUACUGUUUUUCUAUUUCACGAUUGCCUGAUGCAUCAUGAAGUAAAGUUUUAUGCGAAAGAUAAACCAUCAAACUUUCCAACAACAAUUGUGGAUUUGCCAACAGAAAUUUUGAAAGGAAAGUUGAGAAAAAAAUAUCCUCUGGCAAUGCACUUUAAAAGAUGUAAAAUGACUUGGACCCACCCCCCCCCCCCCCCUCAUUGUUGCAAAAUUGGAGAAAAAACAAAGAAUGUUUGUAUGUGCCCUUGCCAAAUGAUGAAGUAUUUUAGUAUACACAAGAACAUGUGAUCACUUUAUUGAUCCUGUCAAUUUGUUAUGCAGAUAUAUAUCAGAAUUCGGAAACUCAUGGCAUAUAUUCUCCAGUACCUUAUUCAAAUUCAGCAUUAUGUUGAGGUAGAUGUACAUGUAUGCACGUUCUAUAAUCUAGUUACUAUGUAUUUCACCUUACUUUUGUUGACUACUUGACUUCAUAACAUUCUGAAGAAGAAAAAAUUGUAUGCAACAAGUAUAUUUGGUAACAAAGUGGAAAUCUGUUCUGAAAAAAAUAAUGUGAACUAAAACUGAUUUUGACAUGUUAUUACUGAUAAAAAAUAGAUGUGUGCUAUAUGAUGUUGAUAUUCAUAUAUUCAUUCUAAAAGCUUUCACAACUGAACAUUGCCAAAUGCAUUUAUACUUGUCUGUGGUAGUCAUAUACAUUUGCACAUAAACAUGAUGACCAUACAACUGUUUUUACCUAGUCUAAAUCUGUAUUUUGCCUGUUUUCAAAGUGGAAAAGUGGCAGGUAGUAUUAUCAUUUAAUGAAUAGAACAUAUCAAAAUUCCAUAGGUGCUGAAUUAGACAAAAUUGUAAUGUCUGGCAUUUAGUUUUCUUUAUUUCAGUGCAACAAUCGUUAAUACAAGAAAAUCACUAAAUCUAAGGGGAGAUAUUUUACUCUGUUAUCAUUUUUUUCUACAAAAUUUGGUACAUGCUAUGUGUCAGUUCAAAUGGUUUGUACACAAAAGGUGUUAACAAAACUGUUAAGAUUUUGCAACUAAAAAAUGUUUGAAAGCUGGUACAGAUAUCAAUAACAGGUGAACUUGUGUAGAAUUAGCACCCGAACAAAUCUUCCUCUUGUAUAUUGUAAUGCUAAUUUUUGCUAAAUAGGCAGGAAGGCGGACCUAGUUGUCAUAAAGGUCAACCAAUACAACCACAACCUGUAUCACACCAUAUUGUUUUCCUACCUUGAGCAGAAAAGACAUUCCAUGCAUGCAACUUACAAUGUACAAGCCUUGAAUGUAAUCAACCUGAGAAUGUAAUUAACAUGAGAAUGUAGAUUCCAUGUUUAUUUCAUACCAGAGAUGUUUUAAUGAACCUCAAUAGAACAUUCCAAAGCAACAGGUGUUGUGCAAUAUACUUGUAUCUCUUGGUUUUAAUAGUUCAAUGCAUCCUUGAGUCACCUUUACAAGUUUUUUUGUCUAUUUGAACAUAUCACAAACAUUUAGACUAUGUGUUAAAGGCAAGGGCGUAAAUCCUUACAUAAUACCUAUUGUUCAGGGGGGAUGAAUGAAUAGAUCACCCCCCCCCCUGAACAAUAGGUAUUACGUAAGGAUUUACGCCCAUAGUUAAAGGUAUAUGUAUAAUAACAGUCGCAAAUAUACUGUAUCUAUCUCAAAUGUAUAAUACAGUUGAUGACUUUUGUGAUUACUUUCUUUUAUCUUUUAAAACAAAAAUGGAGACUGCAAUGUAAAGGUAGUUGAAUAUAACUGACACGUAUACAUAGUAUCUCCUAACCUAGUUCAUAGCAUACCGGUAGUUGGUCCACCUUUUCAAUUUCUGUGUUCAUAUUUAAGUCUUUGAGUCUUUGAUAAUGGUUUUUAUAUUGUAACUGACACUGCCUUUCUCUUCCUUUUAACCCCAAUUUUGUGCAUAUUAUACCUGUAACGUAGAUGGCAUUUUGAAAUUAUAUUUUUAGAAUACUAACCGUGAUUAUCAUUUCGGACAAGGUUUUCCAAGUUUGUAUUCAGUCUAGUAAUUCCUAGAAUAAAAGGAAGUAGGAUCCCUGCCUAUUAUGUGACAUCUACAUAUAACAUAUUAUUUUUAAUCUUGUUUUUUAAAGAAAUUGCAGUUUUUGUCACUCCAUCCUGUACAUAAGUCACAAAAUGAAUUUUGUUGAUAUAUGAAAAUCUAUGCUUUGAUAUGUAUACUUUGAUAAUACUUAAACUAUGAAACCAAAAAAUAGCUAUUUUCAGACUUUCUGCCUUAUUUCAAUAUGUGCAUAGUUAAUGUGUUGUAAAAACUCGGCUGCUGCAAUAGCCAAAAGUGUACAUUGCAUGUAUAGUUCAUUUAGGAAAGUUUUAAUGUAAGUGCUUUGUGCAAUUUACUAUUUCCACCUCUGAAAUAUGCAGGUUACCAUUGUCCAAAAUUCAAGAAGGUGGACAUUAUUGUUGGUGUAAAAUCUUGUUUGAAUCAAUACAAAUUAAUAAAAAGAGCAACCUACCAGUA